AUGGCUGCACCAACAAGCACAAUCCUCCCCAAUGGCAUUCACGCCCUCAGUAGCGGCGCCCGCACCAACCCUGCGAUAGUCUGCCUCCCAGGCUGGCCGGAGACCGCCUCGGCCUACCUCCCCCUCCUCCCCCUCCUCUCCCCCGCCCACUUCGUCCUGAUCCUCGACCCACCGGGCCUCGGCGCCUCCGCCCCCUUUCCCACCAGCUACACCACCACCGCGACCGCCACCCACCUCCUUACCGCCAUCCAAGCCGCCCUCGGCCCACACACCCCCUACCACCUAAUCGGCCACGACAUCGGCUCCUGGCUCGCCUUCCCGCUCGCCCACCGCGACUCCCCGCACAUCCUCUCCCUGACGCUCAUGGACUCUUUGAUCCCGGGCCUCGCGCCCCCGCAAUCCUGGCCUUUGCCUUAUGAAGCCAACAUCCGCCUCUGGCAAUUCACCUUCAACGCCCUGCCGGACCUGCCGGAGAUCCUGGUCGAGGGUAAAGAAAAGGAAGUGCUGGACUGGCUCUUCGAUCGCAAGGCCGCGCAUCCGGAGCGCAUCACGCCCGAGCGGAGGGCCGAGUAUGUGAGCGCGUACAGCAAGGAGGGGGGCAUGGCGAGGGGGUUCGCGUACUAUCGCGCCGUGAGCGAGAGUGCGGUGGAGCAUAAGAGGUUGUUGGAGGAGGCCGGGAAGCUCCGGGUGCCGGUGUUGUGUGUGGGGGGAGGGAAUGGGACGGGGGCGACGAUGAGGGACAUUGCCGAGGUGAUUACGACUGAGACGGCGAGGUCGAGGUUCGUGCUGCUGCAGGACUGCGGGCAUUAUGUCAUGGAGGAGCAGCCGGAGCAGUGUGCGGAUGCUAUACUGGAAUUUGUUGGGAGGGUUAAGCAGGAGUAG